GUCGCGAACGCCGCCGCCAUCCAAAAUUGUCGCUGCCAAAGACGCGACAACUAGCAACUUGCAACCUGCAACUAGCAACUUGCAACCAGCAACACCAAGAACAAACCAGCAACAUCAAAAUUAAAAAUCCAACCUAAACACCUAUUAAAUACAUCUAAGGAAAUCAAACCGUGUCGUUUUUAUUAUUCAAAAUUCCUCUUUUUUUUGUGAAUUUUUUACUGUGCGUGCAUUGGCAUAAACGAUUCAAAUCGCCAGCUGGCGGCAUCGAAAAUCUAGAGAGGAGGUGCUAAUCCCAUAAAGAGCACAAUAAAAUCGGCGAAAGUUGCAAAAUGCAUUCCACGGCAUGCGGCGUAGGAGCCUCGGCCACAAAUCUCUCGACACUGCAAUCCAGCUCCUCCAUCACAAUCACACCGGGAUCAGCGGGAACGGGAGCGGGAGCCGCAGCGGAUGCCCACAAAAUGGUGCACCACAGCAACGAGGAUGCCAUGAACAAGAUACCACUGAAGUCCGCCGGCGGAUUGGACUCCGAUGAGGAGAAGAACGGGGGCGAGCUCAUGCAGGACACUGCCGCCGCCGAGGAGGCGCGACGCGAACAGAUGCGUGUCAAGGUUUUGGCCUGGAUGAAGAAGCUAACCAUCGUGCUGAUCUGCUUCAUUGGCAUUGCCCUGAUCAGCUACGUGAUCAUUAGCCUGUGUUUCAGUGACUGGCCAAAAUCGACACCGAAUAGAAACAGCACAACAACAACAACGACGACAACAACAACAACAACAACAACCACAGAGGCAACCAUUAAAACAACAGCAGCAACAGCAACUGAAAUUGCACUCGCCGUUGCAACAGCAACAGAAAUUGCAAGUAGCUCAGCACCACCUUUACCACCGGCAACAGCAACAACAAUAGCACCAUCUGCAACUUCAACAACAAUUAGCACCACCAGCACAACAACAACAGCAACAACAAGUACAACACAACAACCACCAACAGCAACAACAACAACAGAUAGCAAUCCCAGCCCCACACUUAAAACAUUUCAUUUAACAGAUGAGCAGCAACAGGACGAGGAAACGGAGAGCAUUGGCAACCUGAAUCUGGGCGUCUCCAGCACGGCAAGCACUCCAGCGGAGGACGGAGGAGCGCCCAAUGUGGCCGCCUCCACGGCGGCGACCACAGCGGAACCACCCGCCUGGCUGGAGGAUCAGAUCAGGAUCGAUACCAGCGAGCAGUACGAGUCGAUACUGGGUGUCUACCAGAACGGAGCCGUGAGUUCCGACAACCUCGAGUGCAGCAAGAUCGGAAGCGGAAUCCUGCAGAAGAACGGCAGCGCGGUGGACGCAGCGAUCGCCGCUCUCCUCUGCAACGGACUGCUGACCCUGCAGAGCAUGGGCCUCGGCGGCGGCCACCUGAUGAACGUCUACAACCGGGCCGAGCGGCAUGCCACCGCCAUCGAUGCCCGCGAGGUGGCGCCGUACGAGGCCACCGAGGACAUGUUCGCCCAGCAGCCGGAGAAGUCCUACAAGGGACCCCUGAGCAUCGCAGUGCCCGGCGAGGCGAUGGGCUAUCAUGUGGCCCACGAGAAGUUCGGCAAACUUCCGUGGGCGGAACUGGUGGCUCCGUCGCUGGAGCUCUGCGAGAAGGGUUACCAUGUGUCGCAGCAUAUGGAGCGGGCCCUGCAUGCCGCCUGGAAGGAGAUCAAGGAGCACGAGCAGUAUCAGAUUUAUAGGAAUGCCCAGACGGGUAAGCCACAUGCCGCCGGAACGGUGGUCAAGCCGCCGAAGAAUCUGUGCAAGACAUACAAGCUGCUGGCCGAGAACGGACCCAUGGACCUGUACAAUGGAACGCUGGCCAAGUUGCUGGCGGACGAUCUGAAGGACAUGGGCAGUAUUAUUGUGCCCGACGACCUGGAGUCCUACCAGGCCGAUGUGGUCAACUCGAUCACCAUGGACCUCGCCGGCGACACCCUGUAUGUGAUGCCACCGGUCAGUUCCGGUUCGGUGGUGGCUCACGCCCUGAGCAUCCUGCAGGGCUUCAAUUUCACGCAACAGGAUCUUUCCACCGAGGAGCUGAGGGCCCGGACCAUCCAUCGCUUUGCGGAGGCCCUCAAGUUCGCCUUUGCCCAGCGUCCGGAACUGGGCGACAUACACUUCAUCGACACCCGGGAGCUGGUCAGCCGGCUGAAUAGCCCCGACUUCGGUGACCAGAACAGGGCCAAGAUCAACGACUCCCACGUCCUCAAAGAUGCCGAGGCGUACGGCGCCAGCGUUGCCUCCAACGACGAUCCCGAUGGCACCUCGAACCUGGUUGUUUUGGCCCCCAACGGAGAUGCCGUCGCCGUGACGAGCUCCAUUAAUUCAUAUUUUGGCUCCGGACUCAUUGGCGAACGCACGGGCAUUGUGCUGAACAACGGAAUGAACGACUUUGCGGUGGAGAACAACUUCUUCGGACUGCCGCAGUCGACGGCCAAUAAGAUCGAGGUGCACAAGCGGGCGAUGUCCUCGCAGUCGCCGAUUUUGCUGGCGGACAGUGCGGGGAAUAUGCGACUGGUCAUCGGAGCGGCCGGAGGCAGCAAGAUCAUUCCGGCCAUCGUCGAGGUGGCCGCCAAUGUGCUGUGGUUCGGCGAGGAUCUGCGCAAGGCCAUCGAUGCGCCGCGGUUCUACCACCAACUGCUGCCCGAUGUCCUUGAGUACGAGGAGGGUGGCUUUCCGGAGGCGCUGCUGGAGCUGCUGGCCAAGAGGGGCCACAAAUUGAAGUCCAUUUCCCGGCUCAAGGGAUCGAUUGUCACGGCCAUUUCGCGGAAUGCCACGGCCAUCUAUGCCAAUUCCGAUUAUCGCAAACGCGGUGGAGUUGCAGGUUUCUAGGGUGAUUUUUGAAAACCCCUCACUCAUCCACCCACUCACUCACACACCCAUACGUCACACACACACACUCGCACACACCACACUGCAUUGAGAUUAGAGCAGACCUUCCCCUGAGUCCAAAAAAGAGAGAUCUAUUAAAAUUGAACAAGAACAAAAGCGAUCGGGAAGGUCUGGUUUAGAAGGUGGUCAAGCAGAUCGAUUCGCAUCAAGUGAAAGUAUUUAAGCUAGCUAUGUCUUUUUUACAUACUAUGUAUAUCGUACGUUAUAUAAAUUUAUAUGCUACUACCUAACUACUACCUUAUACAAUAAAAACAAACAGAAAACCAA